AUGAGUGUCCUAAACCCUUGUCUGUGCGUUCUUGACAAUGUGUGCCUCAAACUGAAUUCGUGUUACACACGUUUUCCUCAUCUCCUCCAGAUUCAGCUGUUGUCUUCUUUAAUCUUUGAGAUUACAUUUAUGAUAGCCUCAAAGAUCGGUUUGAAACUCCAAGGUUUGAUUCUUGCUGUGGUUAUAAUAAUACCCCAAUGUAUCAUAAUCUCACAUUACUAUUCAAAACGCCUCCACGGACCGAGGCAACAACAACACCACUGUUCAAGGCCGAUCAGACGACUCGUGAUCCAGUGGCAAUUGCAUUUGAUCAUUGAAUGUCUUGCUAAAGAGAUUGAGCUUCAAUCAGAGUGGGCGGAUUGGUUCUUAAUCUGCAGUUUCUUCGCAUUCUACUGUCACAUCAUCACAUUUGCUAAGAUUAUGGGUUAUCUACAAGACGUUGGAGCCGCAGAUGCGUUGCUCUCCUUGGGUGUAUUACUCUCUUCGAAAGUGCUUCAAGGACCAAACCUCAGAUUCCUGGCAAGUGUUAUCAUCAUCAUGGUUGUCAUGUUGAGAGAGCAUCGAGCCGCUUUCAAAGAAGAAGAAGAAAGAAAGAGUACUUAG